AUGUGGCUGAUCGACACACAGAAAACAACAUUGCAUCGCGUUGCGGAUCAUCGACAGAAUGGCACACGGUCGUACGCCAUUCUCUCCCACACCUGGGGCAACCAAGAGGUCGAGUUCCACCACAUGUCGAAUUUGAACAGUGCAAAGACGAAAACAGGAUGGAACAAAAUUAAGAUGACCUGCAAGCUUGCUCGCUCCAAAUUCAAGUACGCAUGGGUCGACACUUGCUGCAUUGAUAAAAGCAGCAGCGCCGAGUUGACAGAGGCCAUCAACUCCAUGUACUCCUGGUACCAAUCGGCCGAAAUAUGUUAUGUCUACCUAGCAGACCUAAGUCCAAUACCUGAAGGGCUUAGGGGCACAUAUCGUUACGACUAUCUCAGAGACAAAUUACCCAAGUGCCGCUGGUUUUCUCGGGGCUGGACUCUCCAAGAGUUGAUAGCCUCAAAGCAAAUCGAGUUUUACGACAAGAAAUGGAACCUCGUAGGCGAGAAAAGCGACCUCAUAACCAUCAUCCAGGAGAUCACACGAGUUGACGUGAGCAUUUUGCAAGACAAUUCAGACCUACAAACGCUCCCGGUAGCACGUCGCAUGUCCUGGGCCGCCGGCCGCAAAACCACAAGAGUCGAGGACAUUGCCUAUUGCCUCCUGGGUAUUUUUGACAUCAACAUGCCAUUGCUAUACGGCGAGGGGUCAAAAGCAUUCCAAAGACUUCAAGAACACAUUGCCAACGAGACCAACGACUUGAGCCUUUUUGCGUGGCAAAAAAAGGUCGACUACCAAGCAGCUUCAGCUCCAGGACUCAGUGGUGUAUUCGCAGAGUCUCCAGCAGACUUCACAUACUGCUCUACCCUCAUGAGACACCGAGAUCGAUUUCAGUUCAGGAACGACUUUACCCUCACCAACAACGGUCUCCAAGUCAAGGCCCAAAAGCUCAGGCUGCCGGCGAAUGACGCUGCGGAAGCGGCGAACGAUGCUGACGCGUUCUACGCAUUGAGUCUUGAUUGUCUCGAAACCAGUGUCAGAACGCAAGGGACCCCCAAGUGGCUUGCAAUCUGGCUACUCAAGGUCGGAACGACGUUUGUUAGAGCGGUUCCAGAUCAGGUGUAUGCAUACAACUCGAGAUUACAAUGGUCUAAUGCCACACUGGACACAUUUGAUGCCUGCAUCCGCAAGACGCUAUACGAUCACGAAACGACGCGGCUGGCGUCCUUCAUGGGAGCCAAGAUCGGAUUCGAAUACGACUCGCAGCUCAAGAACUUGAUUAUUUCCAAGACAGCUAACCCCGUGGAGGCAUGUGUGCGGUCCUCCGUCGCAGACUUUGUCUUUGACUGCCACGGGCUCGACAACUUCGCUGGGACGCAUUGUUUCAAGAUCCAAUUCGGAUUUCCAUUACAGAAAGUUACCUUGGGCAUCAUCUGUGGCCUUCAGUGGGAUGGCUCGCGUUGUCGACCGUGGGCAGCACUUUUUGACGAGCUUUCGGUCGAAGGGACCGAAUCAGAGCUGCUGAUGAGAUACGCACAGGUGAUCCCUGGCGUUAAGGCUGAGGAGAGACUGUCGGAGAUUCGCGACUACAUGAUGUGUCGAUUCACGGAUCAAUCAGGCUUGUACAAGUCGAAUUUGAUGCCCAAGUCUGCAACCAUUAUCCAGUACGGGACUGUCAUCACACAUCGUAUUUGGAUCGAGGCGGAACCAAGAAAGAUCGACGAGGUUUCCUUCUCUCGAGGUUCGUCUUCUGCGUACAUCUUCAAGGUCCAUUAUCGCUCUGGCGUGAACCAGGCAGAUUAGGGACUUGCUGAACAGAAUCAAAAGUAUGAUAUUGGUGCUUCCACGCUCCUCUUCCCACUCGAUAUGAGAUGGCUGGGAUUGCGUGAGUGGUGACGCGUUUGACCAAGUACCUUACAUGCCUGUACGCAGUACUCCGUACCUAGACAUGAAAAGCUGUCUGUGUGGGGACGGCAAGACGUGCCGAAGUUUUCCAAUUCACAUCACGAACCCAAGCGGUCGGGCUACUCAUGGUGAUGGCUUCCUUGCCACUUUGUUUAACAGGACUAGGGUGGCCGGGUAAUCUGGGGGACCAAAGUUGCUAGCAAGGCGAGCUUUUUGGUGGCGGC